GGAGCGGGCGCCAGGGUCUUGGUGGCCUGAGCGGUCUGGGCCCCGAGGUCGACGCCUGUGGCUGCAGCGGCCGAGGCUGAGGGACCCGCCGCGGCUCUGUCGCCGGAGAGGGAGGGCCCCGCGGCCGUCGGUGGAACCAACCCAGAAUAGCCCGCAAUCUUCUGCCCAGCAAGCCAGCGCCAGACCCCAGGUGUUGGUGGGUGAUGAUGGUAGUUCUCACUCUCACGUACGAAGGCUGGAAGCCGAGGAGCCCCCAGUGACCUCGAGGGAUUCUCCAGACUCCUCCACAGCCGGUCCCCGCCCAGCUGAGGACGGAGCCCCUGGACUCCCAGGUUCCUCGCCAGGGAGGAGCAGGAGAAGGAGAAAUCCAUCUGCAGGGCUGCGUGUAGCCUGAGGGACAGGCCACUGGUCCCAGAAUGCCCCUGCCCGAGCCCAGUGAGCAGGAGGGUGAGAGCAUGAAGGCCGGCCAGGAGCCAUCCCCUGAGCCGGGCACAGAUGUCAUCCCGGCAUCCCCCAGCAAACCCAAAGAGUUCUCCAAACUGGUCCUGCUGACGGCCUCCAACCAGGACGGGGAUGGGGUGGGCUCCAAGCCCAAUGGCAUGCACCGCGUCAUGUCCCUGGAGAUGUCUGGCCCCCCCACCCUCACCAGCACCCUCCAGGUCCUGCCAGCCAAGGAGCAGGGGGGGGCCAUUCAGCCAGGCCCCCGGGCCCUUGAGCAGAAAGGCAGCAAGCUGGACACAGCCCUUAAGCCCCUGGAGUUUCUGAGGACCCCGUUUGGGGGCCGCCUGCUGGUGCUCGAGUCGUUCCUGUACAAGCAGGAGAAGGCUGUCGGGGACAAGGUGUACUGGAAGUGCCGGGAGCAUGCGGAGCUGCGCUGCCGGGGCCGGGCUAUCACCCGUGGCCCACGGGCAACAGUGAUGCGGGACCACUGCCACCCACCAGAUGAGAAAAGCCUGGAGGCCCGGCGCCGGAGGGAGAAGCUGCCCAGUCCAGCCCUGCCAGAGGGCUUGAGGGAUCCCCGGGGUCCCGAGAACCCUGGAGGCCGAGUGCAGGAGCCGCUCAAGGGAGUGGACCGGUGGCUGUGCCCUGAGGAGCCGGAGCCCACCCCUGAGCUGGUGCCGAGCAAGCCAGCCCCGGAGGAGCACCGGGCACCCCAGGCCCUGCCACUACUGAGCUUGCCUCCCAAGAAACGCCCAAGGCUGGGGAUGGGCCAGGCCUGGUCCCUCGAGUUCCUGAGGACGUGCUACGGUGGCAGCUUCCUGGUGCACCAGUCAUUCCUGUACAAGCGGGAGAAGGCUGUGGGUGACAAGGUGUACUGGACGUGCCGCGACCAUGCAUUGCACAGCUGCCGCAGCCGGGCCAUCACCCAGGGCCAGCGGGUGACUGUGAUGCGCAGCCACUGCCACCCUCCUGACAUGGAGGGCCUGGAGGCCCGGCGGCAGCAGGAGAAGGCCAUGGGGAUGCUGCAGUCCAGGCCGGAUGGCCCCCAGGGCCAAGGAGACAAGGUGCUCCAAGGCGUGGACAGUCUGCUCUACCGCAGGGGGCCAAGCACCUUGACUCUGACCAGGCCCCAGCCCCGAAAGCGAGCAAAGGUCAGAGAUGGGGCGCUUCCGGCCCAGCCCCAAGACUUGCAGGGAUCCCCCGAUGAGGACCAGGAUGCUGACCCGGGAGGCCCUGAGUUCCUGAAGACUCCCCUGGGGGGCAGCUUCCUGGUGUAUGAGUCCUUCCUCUACAGGCGGGAGAAGGCCGCGGGGGAGAAGGUGUACUGGACAUGCCGGGACCAGGCACGCAUGGGCUGCCGCAGCCGGGCCAUCACCCAGGGCAGGCGGGUGACUGUGAUGCGUGGCCACUGCCACCCGCCCGACCUGGGGGGGCUGGAGGUCCUGAGGCAGCGGGAGAAACGCCCCAACCCAACUCAGCGAGGGAGCCCAGGAGGCCCUGAGUUCCUGAAGACCCCCCUGGGGGGCACCUUCCUGGUGUAUGAGUCCUUCCUCUAUAGGCGGGAGAAGGCUGCGGGAGAGAAGGUGUACUGGACAUGCCGGGACCAGGCACGCAUGGGCUGCCGCAGCCGGGCCAUCACCCAGGGCCAGCGGGUGAUGGUGAUGCGCCGGCACUGCCAUCCGCCUGACCUAGGGGGGCUGGAGGCCCUGAGGCAGCGGGAGCAGUUUCCCAACCUGGCCCAGUGGGAAGACCCAGGAGCCCUCCGGCCCCUGGAGUUCCUGAGGACUUCCCUCGGGGGAAGGUUCCUGGUGCAUGACUCGUUCCUCUACAGGAAGGAGAAGGCGGCUGGCGAGAAGGUGUACUGGAUGUGCCGGGACCAGGCUCGGCUGGGCUGCCGCAGCCGGGCCAUCACGCAGGGGCAGCGGGUGAUGGUGAUGCGCCGGCACUGCCACAUGCCCGACCUGGCAGGCCUGGAGGCCCUGAGGCAGCGGGAGCGGCUCCCCAGACUGGCCCAACAGGAGGACCCAGAAAAGAUAAAACUUCUGCCUAACAUUCAACUGUGCUUCAAGACUUGUUCUCCAGAAAGCCAGCAGAUAUGUGGGAACAGCGAAGAUGUAAAACUGGACAGCGAGUCCCAAUGAGGCGAAAUUCCUCCCAGCACAGGCAGCUUCCCGUCUCCGCAGGCAUUUCCCAUCCACUUAGAGUUGGCUUGACGGAAGCUUCUUUUCACGCCUCCAAAGCAUCAAUGGCCUUUACAUUUCCUCGAGGUCUCCCGGGAGAAAGGCUUGGAUGGUAUCCUUGGGUCAGCCGAGAACAGUGCUCGGAGCUGGCGGCUUGCAGACAUGUAUGUCAUGGGACAGGGCUGUGGCCGCCGGCGCUUCUGACCUUUGAAGGAUCUGAAGAAACAUCUCUGUUCUGCUGCUCCGAGCCCAUCCAUUUUCAGAGCACGCGACUUUGCCAAGGACUUUCCAACCGGGUGUGGCCCUGCUUCAGCUCAAAAUGAAAAGUGAAACGUUGUUGUGGAGCCAGGGCAGGUUUGGGGAAGUUCCCGCUUCUUUCUUCAAACUGAACUGCCCUCCGUAGACCAGUGCAAGCCACAGCAGGUCUUUCUAGACAGGUGCAAGGUGGGCCUUGCUGGCCUCUGGCUGCCUCCUCCCGGGAUGCAGCUGUCCCCAACAGUAACCUAGCCGGCCAAGCCAGAGGCCUCACCGUACCCUCUGUCAGACUUGCCUUUCUGUGUCCACGAUCCCCGUGGCAGGUGUCACUCCUGACAAUGGGUGCCAGCCAGAUGCUGGCAGGCAGCCAGCACUAGGCAGACACACCCUGGCUCAGGCCAGCUGCCUCCUGGGUUGCCCGUGUCGAUCUGAAGCCUGAGGAGACGGUGGAGGCGGGUUGCCUUCCUGUUGGGGGUCUCAGCAGGGCGCCGGCUCAGCAGGUCCAAGUGAGCAGUCUGAGGAGCGGUGAGCGGACACCCCGGGAACUCCAGAGGUCUUGCUUGCUAACACGGCCACGUCCUCCAUGGAAGGCCCUCACCCCCACCCUGUAGUUGAAGAGAGAGCACCCAGCCUAGGCACCCCCUCUCCUGGCAUGCUGGCCGUAGUGCCUGCCUUCCUGCUGUGGGAUAGUGACAGCUUGGGGACCCCCCACUGCCCCUCUGCUUCUAUGAUUCCCCAAUAAACCCUAUUUUAUAUCUCACCUCAUAGAGCUGGUGUGUGUCUACAACCCCUUUGCCACAACAGCUGACAACCAUGAAGCCACACACUCUGUGUGUCUCAGUGUCACGUGCUCAGGAAGUGAUGGAGUUUUGGUUUGGACAAUGCCGAGGGGGAGACUCCCACCCCUGGGCAGUGGCGGUCACCUGGCCCAGAUGUCCCCUGGACCAAGAUAAGGUGGGGAGACGUGCAGUGGGGACCCCCAGAGGGCCUACUGAGGGAUCUGUUGCCAGCGCGCAGGGGUGGGUAGAACCUGCUGGCCCCUCCCCGGCCCUGCUGGGACAGGUCAUGGUGCUGAAUGGGAAGUCUGAUUCUCUGCCACCACCUCUCAGCCUGUCUGAGCCCUCCCUGAACUCGUUUACACAAGCGUGGCAGGCCUGAAAUCGACACGGCACCCCGAGCAAAGGGCAGUUUUGCCCUGAGGCCCUGGUUGCCUUCCUGGACUGGUAACUGUCCUUGUUCAUCAGCCCUGCCCAUUACUUGACCUUGACUGUGGUUCCCACCAGACUUGCCCGAAGAUACCCCAUCAAUGUGACGAUGUGACACACCCCCAGGCAGUGCCACAGCUGUCCUUCAAUCAGCCCAUCUGUCAUUUUCUGAUGGCCCGCAGUACUGGACACUUGACAUGUGGCUACGUUUGGGGCAGUGGUCUUGGCCGUGAAGCAUCCUGCCCUGAGGUUGAGUAAACCACCCUUGGCCAGACUCACGGCCAAGGCUAGAAAUGCGGCCCCGUGGGAACAGACAUGGCACCUCAGUCCCAGGCUCCAUCUGCAUGUCACACAGGUGCAUGCCAUGGAAGGUGGCCACAGCGGAAGGAAGGCACCUGGACUCAAAAGGACAGUCCAGGUUGUGUUGCUGCCUGCUGGGUCUCCGGCCAGGCCCAUCGUGGAAAGGGAAGCUCUGCACAGGGCGCAGACACCCUGAGAGAAAUGCCAUGAGUCACGCAGCCAUUGUCGCCUGCAAAGCCUAUGCCGUCCGCUGCUCCUGCCGCCUCCACAGGCAGCAGUUGGGGAGCCACUGCAGGGCUGGCAUCUUCUCUCAUCACCAGUUGCCACCAUGUGGCCAUGCCCCGUCCCUCUGUCUGGGCUCUGGGUACCCAGACGUCGGCGUGGGGCAUGAGGAGAGGUGCAGGAAGAACAGAGUUGAUCACUGACAGUCGGGCAUAGAUGGUCUCCCUCUUCUUUCCCCUGCUCGCUCCCACACUUCACUCCCACCCUGCUUUGACCUUAGAGGACUGACGGGUGGUGCACGUUGCUGGGACUGCAGACUCCCAGACAGACAUGAAUUUGGAUACUGCCAUUGCCUUGGGUGGCUUCAUGGCCACCCAUUCCUGCCCCAAGGCCACUCAGCCAUGGCAAGAGGCUGAUAGCCCGUGAGCCUUCCCCCUCACAAGUCCACUUCCUUCAGGGUUCCAGACGCACCUAGAUGUCCCCUGCCCUGUCCCUGUCACAGAGCAAAGCUGGCCGUGGAGCGUGCAGCCCAGCCGGGCCCCCUCGGUGACAGUGCAGUGUGGCACCUCUUCCUUCCCUGCCUCACUCUGCUCAUCAGUCCCCCAAUAAACGCUAUUUUAUUACAUCUGUA